AUGUUCUGCUCCAAAGUGUGUGUUACUGUUGCCGUUGUUCUAGGCAUCUGCCUCAGCAAUCUGCAACUAGUGAGCUCCGCGAUCGGUGGUAGCACUAGUGGUGGUAGUGGUGGUUCUGUGUUUUCUUCAUCGAAAAAAAUGUGUGAUCAGCGAUACAAUGUCAAUUGUUUGAAGCUGGAGCUAGUAUCCUUUCUAGAACGAGUCACUAACCAGAAGGAAUACAAUCUAAUGGCGGGCGUUAGUGUGGUUCGGGACCCGGGAGCAAACAUCACCAAAACUACCGACCUGAUCGCAGAGGUGACGCGCAUCUUCCCUACUAAUCCGGAAAAGCGGUUGGACGAGUUUCUGCUGUCAAAGCUGAACGACUAUCUGCAAACCCACUCUCUGCGGCUCAAGUUCAUUGACAGCGAUGCGUUCGAAAAGGCACGUGAAGUGUUUAUCGGGCGCAAGGGCAAGAUUGGCAAAAAGGGUGGUCUGGAAACUCUGAUCGCUGGCGCUAUGAUGAUGAAAGGUACGCUAGCGGCGGUUGGAUUGGGCGCGUUGGCAUUGAUUGCUGGAAAAGCUUUGAUGACGGGACUGCUAGCGCUUAUGUUGGCGGCGAUCGUUGGCCUAAAGUCGCUUGCCAGUGGAGGUGGUGGGGGUCACAAAUCCACAACCUACGAGAUUGUCGCCAAACCGAUGUAUUCCCACUCGCACUCGGAACAUGAUGAGGUAGCCCACGGACAUACGGGAUACGGGGGGUAUGGAAGAGCGUACGAUCUAGCUUACGCUGGGCAAAAGCUUCACUGAAGAUCAGCGAUCACGCGGACCACUAGAGGACGCUCCGCUGGCUUACAGUAGAGUCCGGUGUUCAAGGUCUGCGAGGUUUAAG